AUUUGUUUCGAUUCAUCACAUUUGGUUCAUUAAUACUUGAUCUAUCCUGGUGGGGCUUGUUAUAAAGGGAGUUAAUUUUUACUGUAGAAAGGUCACUCAAUUUGACUAUUACUUAAGUGCAUCUAGACUGCAUUAUUUCUGCAUACAAUCUACUGGAUCAGUAAUCCAGAGAUGUCGUUCACGAAUGUGAGAAAAGACUCUGUUGUAGAUGCUGUGUUUCAAUGAAAGUGGAAGUGGUUGGGUGGCUGUUACCCGGGCUUAUCAGCGCCGUGAUGCAAUCAUCAGAAUGAGGAGCUAGGAGCAAAGAUCAAGCGGGUCCUCCUGCACUGAUGGAAAACAGUGCUCUGCAAUUCCCUUCCUACUCCGUCAGUCUACUCUCUUGCCUAAUCAUUUCCCUUGUAUUACUUCCAGUGAUCUUUGACCCAGGGAGCUAAAAGAGCCGCACACACGCAAAACGAUGUCAGGCCCCAGGAUUGCCUGCAUAUGCGUGAUUGGAAAGGCUGACAAUCCUCUCCAUAUCUCAAUGUUCCCACCGUACCAAGACUCCAUUGUAAAUUUCUCUUUCUCCUUGAACGCAUGCCUUGAUAUCUUUGAGAUACGGCAGAAAAAGACUUCAGUCGGCCAGGAUCUGGGCCUCUUGCAUGCGAUCGACGAGCGAUUAGCCGCGUAUGGCUGGUUAACAACCACUGGGGUGAAGUUCUUGAUCGUGGUGGAUACAAUAGGGCAACCAACACGUGUUGGGGCCGAAAGUUUGGGCAUCGGUGCGAUGGCGACAUUGAGGGAAUCGGACUUGAAGCCGGCAAGUUUCUACCAUCUUACUUUGCAACACACUCGAGAGGGCCUGCAAGCUUUCCGAGCGCUGCAAACUGCAUACGUUCAACUGUUACAAAACCCGUUUUACUUUCCGGACGAUUAUACGCCUACUGCGAAGACCACAACAUCGAGUUCGAAUGCAUCGCAAAUCGUCGACCGAAGGUUCAUUGCGGCAGUCAAGCGUAUCGGCGAUACCUGGGCUCCGGGAAUGACUGGGCUCUGA